AUGUCUGCUUAUACGCUGGCACGCCACUUAGCUGGUCAGCAACUGCUGGAUAGCUUUGACUUCUUCUACGGAGUCGACCCAAGCAAGGGCUUUGUGAACUACCAGGAAAGAGACACCGCCCUCGCGCAGGGCCUCGUUUCUGUCAAUGAGGACAGCGGCGUAGUCCGUCUGGGCGUGGACAGCACCCGGAUUUAUGAUGUCGAGUUGGACGACGGCCGACCCAGUGUCCGAUUGACCAGCAAGGAGUCCUGGAAUAAAGGUCUCUUCAUUGCCGACUUCAGCCGUAUGCCAUCGUCCGCUUGUGGUUCCUGGCCAGCUUUUUGGGCUCUAAACAACAAUGGUGAUUGGCCUGUCGGGGGUGAAAUUGACAUCAUUGAGGGUCAGAAUGGUGCGCAGACAAAUAUCUUCGCUGCCCACACUGAGGCAGGGUGCUCUCUUGCUUCGGAGGGAUUUGAAGGCACAUCCACGCGUGAUGACUGCGGAAUUGACCUUUUUAACCGUGGGUGUACUGUCUCCGCCACUGAUGACAACUCUUAUGGUGAUACUUUCAACGCCAUCGGCGGUGGAGUCUACGCCAUGGAGUGGACCGAUGAUGGCAUCAUGAUUUGGCAUUUUGCUCGUGGAAAUAUCCCUAAUGACAUUCGAUAUCGUCCUCUGACCAAGCCCGACCCUUCAAACUGGGGAGCACCGCAAGCUUUGUUUGGCGGACCGGCAGGGUCAAGUUGCGAGACGAAUAAGUUCUUCUACAACAUGAGCCUUGCCAUCAACAUUGACUUUUGCGGCGACUAUGCUGGGACCUACUGGGAGCAGAGCAGCUGCUCAAAGACAUAUAACACCUCCUGUAAAGCCUUUGUUGCGAACAACCCAUCGGCAUUCGAAAACUCUGCCUGGGAAAUCAAUUAUAUCGACGUCUGGUUGCGACCAGACAAUUCAAGUACCCCGACCAACAGCACACUUCCACCUUUCCCAGCCAAUGGUACCACGACCAACAAUACAGAACCGGCCAGCACCACGUCUUUCAUGCUAGUGACGCUCUCGACCACGGACCCUACUGCCAUGCCGACUAGUGCCAACGGCGGUUUAAUUGACGAUGCCAACAUCGACGGAUAUACUCUCCUUGGUUGUUUUGGCUCAACUGAUGGCUAUACAACUUUUGAGCCUCUUGCCGAUCUUCCCGACAUGGACAACGAGGCAUGUGUCGAGGCUUGCAAAGGCGCGAGCAAGAAGUAUGCUGGAACUGCCCUGACAACCUGCUACUGUGCCGACACCUUGGGUGACGCCUCAUCCACCGAUAAUAGUCGCUGCUCCAUUCCCUGCCCGGGCUGCUAUCUCGAAACCUGCGGCGGAUACGUAAACGGUACUGGUCCCGUGCAGAUCAGCACCGACAAUGGUUUCAACUCCACAAACCCGGACAAUACCACGUCUGUCUUGCCUCGCUCGAAGUUUGACCGCCGCGCUGGCCCCAACGAUCUUCUCCUCACUAUUUAUGGUAAUGUGACUGGUGAUAUCCUACCACCUCCUCCUGGUAUUGGUGGUGAUAAUGGGACCGACACUGGCAGCGCAAACGGUACCAUUACAACUGGUGCGACAGCGACCGUCACCACUGCCAUCACUGUCACAUACACUACAAUUUGCGCCACCAACCCAGCUGAGCUUGUAGUCAUUGAGUACUGCACGACUCUCACCAUUGAAGACUGCCCGACGGCGAUGCCCUCGCUAUCGGGAGGAGAAUCACCAUCAGGUGGAUCGUCAGGCUCGGGGCUCGGACCCAUCACGCCCGGAAACGGAGUCGCGGUCAUGACGACUCCACCAAUUCCCAUGACGACGUGUGUCGAAACCUGCUCGGCUUGCGGCGAAAAUGGCCAAAACACAAUUACCCUCACGAUCCCUGCGGCCGUGGCAACAGGAGGACCCGAUGUUGUCGUCACCGCAUUGACGGUCAUCUCGGUGGUGCCGCAGAUCAACAAUGGAAGCGAGAGCAUGGCAGGUAACGGCAGCUACACAGGCAACGGAUCGACACCGAGCCCGGCACAGAUCAACGUGCCGGUCAUGGCCGGUGCGGACGGCGUGGCUGGGCUUGUAGCCUGGGGCGUUAUGCUCUGGCUGGGUGUUUUUGGCAUCGCUAUGCUUCUUUAA